GAACUUUGAUCCCGAUCCUCCGAUCCUCAGUUGUGAACACAGGACAACAAACUGACUCUACCUCAGGCUUUGCCUGAUCCCUUCAUCGUUCAGUCCCCUUCAGCUUCUCAGCAUGGACCUGAGUACCGUUCUCUUGUUCCCCGUACACACAGUGGUGUGGUUCUACUCCCUCUUAAGCUUUCUGCCAUGGUACUUCCUGACUGGAGCCCAGGAAAAGAAAGUCCUGGCAAAGAGGCUCAAAUCCAAGUCGACGACCGGUCAGGCGGAUGGACCAUAUCGUUCGGUGGAUCACUUCGACUCCCUGGUCACAGUGGACUUUCCUGGAAAAGACACUCUUGAUAAGCUGUUUGACCAUGCGGUGCAGCGUUUCGGUAAAGCGGACUGCCUGGGAACCCGAGAAGUUCUGAGUGAAGAAAAUGAGCCUCAACCGAAUGGGAAAGUUUUCAAAAAGUUAAUUCAGGGUGAUUAUAAAUGGCUGUCCUAUGAGGAGAUGGACACUGUGGUCAGUCAGUUUGGGUGCGGACUGACAGCACUAGGCCAACAGCCAAAACGCACCAUCGCAAUUUUCUGUGAGACGCGGCCAGAGUGGAUGAUCACAGCUCAGGCCUGCUUCAGACGCAAUUUCCCAUUGGUCACUUUCUAUGCGACUCUAGGAGAAGAGGCAGUGACUUUUGGAUUGAAUGAGUGUGGAGUUACACACCUGGUCACCAGUGUAGAACUGCUGGAAACCAAACUGAAGAGUGUUCUUCCUCAAAUGCCCAAUCUGAAGCACAUCAUCUAUGUGGACAAGAAGGGCAUCAGCACAGCAGGAUUUCCACAAGGCAUCCAGAUCCACAGCAUGCACUCUGUGCAAGAGCUGGGAGCCAAGCCAGAAAACCUGAACAGACCAAUAGUGAAGCCCGUCCCGUCAGACCUCGCUGUUAUUAUGUACACCAGCGGCUCCACCGGGAGACCUAAAGGGGUGAUGAUCAUCCACAGUAACCUGAUUGCUGGAAUGGCAGGCCAGUGCGAAAGGAUACCUGGAUUGGGACCAAAGGAUACGUAUAUUGCAUAUCUUCCUCUUGCUCAUGUCCUGGAAAUGACGGCCGAGAUCUCAUGUGUGACAUACGGUUGCAGGAUCGGCUAUUCCACACCACAAACGCUGUCUGAUCAGUCAACCAAAAUUAAGAAGGGAAGUAAAGGUGACUGCAGUGUGCUGAAACCUACUCUAAUGGCAGCCGUACCUGAAAUAAUGGACCGGAUCAAUAAGAACGUCAUGAGUAAGGUGCAGGAGAUGAGCUACGUUCAGAGAACCCUGUUCAAACUGGCUUAUGACUACAAGCUCGAGCAGAUCAAGAAGGGUUACGAUGCGCCCCUGUGCAAUAUUUUGUUUAAGAAAGUCAGGUCUUUGCUGGGUGGGAAUGUGCGUAUGAUGCUGUCUGGAGGAGCACCUCUGUCUACCGCCACUCAGCGCUUCAUGAACAUCUGUUUCUGCUGUCCUGUUGGUCAAGGAUACGGUCUUACUGAGACCUGUGGAGCAGGCACUAUAACUGAAGUUGCAGACUAUAGCACAGGACGAGUAGGUUCUCCUCUGAUCUGCUGUGAGCUCAAACUCAAAGACUGGGCUGAAGGUGGCUAUACAAAGCGUGACGAGCCUCACCCACGUGGUGAGAUCCUCAUCGGAGGUCCUAAUGUAACCAUGGGCUACUACAGGAGUGAGAGCUGUAAUAAUGACGACUUCUAUGUGGAUCAGAACGGGCAGCGGUGGUUCUGCACUGGUGAUGUAGGAGAGAUGCACCCUGACGGCUGUCUUCAGAUUGUUGAUCGCAAGAAGGACCUUGUGAAACUUCAAGCUGGGGAGUACGUCUCUUUAGGCAAAGUUGAGUCAGCUCUGAAGAACUGCUCUCUCAUCGACAACAUCUGCGCUUACGCAAACAGUGACCAGAACUACGUUAUCAGCUUCAUUGUUCCUAAUCAGAAGAAGCUGACAGCUUUUGCCAAUCAGAAGGGCAUUGAAGGCACAUGGGAAGAGAUUUGCAACCACCCAGUUAUGGAAAGGGAAGUUCUGAGAGAAAUUAAAGAAGUCGCAACUUCAAUUAAACUCCAGCGUUUUGAGAUACCAGUCAUGGUCCAUCUGAGUCCAGAGCCUUGGACCCCUGAAACGGGCCUGGUGACGGACGCAUUCAAACUGAAGAGGAAGGAACUGAAGAACCACUAUCUCAAUGAUAUCGAAAGAAUGUAUGGCCACAAGUAGGACCUUUAUCACAGCCAAAGACAUCUUCAUCAGUUCCUCACCGUGCAACAUUGCUGUAUAUCAAUAAAUGUUAAAAAACACAUUUUGCCACAACUUUCACCACUGCCCGUUGUUUAGUGAUGCACACAAAUUUUCAAAGAUGAACAAUGUUGAUAAGCCGUUGGUCUGUAUUUUUAUUCCUGAGCUUUGUGGGCUUUUCGUUCAGAGCUCUGUUGUCUCUCUGCUGUGAAAUAGUUUACAAUUAAGAGUUGUAGCUGAGUAGCUUGAGAACUGUUGGACAAGGGACGAUAUUCAUCUUAUCCAGCAUGAAGUAUCCACUAAUUUCUCCUUUUAGUAUACAAAAGGAGUCUCUUGUAAAGAGGAUUUCAACUACACAACAGCGAUAUACUGCCAUCACCUCGUGCUUUUCUCAA